CAACUGCUCCCUGGAAGAAUCUCAAAGGAAUAUCCAACUACAGUGGAAAGCAGGCAGCAACGUCACUAAGACAUCAUGACAGAUAAGGAGGAUCCCAAGAAAGGGAAGGAGAAGAGAGGAACGAGCAAAGAGGUGUGUGGCUACCCACUCAGCAUCUUCUUCAUCGUUGUGAACGAGUUCUGUGAGAGGUUCUCAUACUAUGGAAUGCGAGCUGUGCUUGUGCUGUACUUCAAGUACUUCUUGCGUUGGGACGAUGACUUGGCCACUUCCAUCUACCACACCUUUGUGGCUCUGUGCUACCUCACCCCUAUCCUCGGAGCCAUUGUGGCUGACUCCUGGCUGGGAAAGUUUAAGACUAUCAUCUACUUGUCCAUUGUCUAUGCAAUUGGCCAGGUUGCAAUGGCUGUCAGCGCAAUCCAUGACAUCACUGACACGGACAGAGAUGGCACACCAGACAACAUGACCUUUCAUGUUGUGUUGUCCAUGGUGGGUCUCUUCCUCAUCGCCCUCGGCACAGGUGGCAUCAAACCUUGUGUGGCUGCCUUCGGUGGAGACCAGUUUAGUGACCACCAGGACAGGCAAAGGAGAACUUUCUUCUCUGUAUUCUACCUGUGCAUCAAUGGUGGGAGUCUCCUAUCAACCAUCAUCACUCCAAUCCUCAGAGCUCAAGAUUGUGGCAUCCACAGUCAGCAGAAGUGUUAUUCUCUGGCCUUCGGUGUCCCUGCAGCACUAAUGCUGGUUGCCCUUGUGGUGUUUAUCGUCGGGAGUGGUAUGUACUACAAAGCUGAACCACAGGGAAACAUCAUGCUGGAUGUGUGUAAAUGCAUUGGGUUUGCCAUUAAAAACCGCUACAGGCACAGAAGCAAUCAAUACCCAAAGAGGCAGCACUGGAUGGACUGGGCUGAGGAAAAAUAUGAUAAACUCCUCAUUGCUCAAAUCAAAAUGGUGCUGAAGGUCCUCUUUUUAUACAUCCCACUGCCGAUGUUUUGGACACUAUUUGACCAAAAGGGCUCUAGAUGGACUCUGCAAGCUACCACCAUGAAUGGAUACUUUGGGAGCCUUGUUAUACAGCCUGAUCAGAUGCAGACUGUCAACCCCAUCCUGAUCUUGACUCUGGUGCCUAUCAUGGACAGCGUAAUCUACCCUCUGAUCAACAAAUGUGGCCUGAACUUCACACCUCUGAAAAGAAUGACAGUGGGGAUGCUUCUGGCAGCUAUAGCUUUUGUCUGUGCUGCUCUGGUUCAGAUUGAAAUUGAUAAAACAUUGCCCACCUUCCCAUCAACAUCCCAGAGUCAGCUGAAACUACUUAACAUGGGCAGUGAGACAGUCACAAUUAAGAUGCCUGGCAAUGAUCCACUGAAUCUUACUGCAGCUCAGGCCAGUAAUGAAUACUUCACAUUUGAAGCAGGACAAAUCAACAUUUCAGUUGGACACCCAGAAGUGAGGAAUACUAUUUCUUUGGCCAAGGGACAGAGACAAACACUUCUCAUUCCUUUGACCAUCACUGACGAAUGGCUGAUGACUGAUGAUAUAACUUCCAAGCCACAAGAAGGCAACAAUGCAAUCCGAUUCGUAAAUGGAAUGAAAACAGCAGUGAACGUAUCAAUACCUGCAGCCAACUUUGGACUAAUUGAGCCGUUUUCUUAUUCCAACUACUCCCUGAUAAAAAAUGGAAAGGUCACGUUCACACUAUGGAGUGGGUCACAGUCAUGUGAAUACAGCACGGACUUUGGAUUUGGAAGUUCAUAUACUUUCUUUAUUCCCAGCACUUUGGUCUUUGGGCCAAAUUGUCAGGAGUCUAUCACUGCUGCAGAAGACAUCAAGCCCAAUUCAGUUCACAUGGCCCUCCAGAUCCCACAGUACUUCUUUAUAACUGCUGGUGAAGUGAUGUUUUCUGUUACUGGUUUGGAGUUCUCCUACUCUCAGGCUCCCAGUAACAUGAAAGCAGUGCUGCAAGCCGGCUGGUUGUUUACUGUUGCUAUUGGCAACUUCAUUGUACUGAUUGUGGCUGAGCUUGCAAAGCUUCCCAAACAGUGGGCAGAAUAUGUCCUCUUUGCCUCUCUCCUGGUUGCAGUGUGUUUCAUCUUCUCCAUUAUGGCCUAUUUCUACACCUACAUUGACCCUGCAGAAAUUGAGGCCCAGUUCAAGAAGAAUGUAAAUGAAGAUGAUGAGGACAAUAAACACAAACUACAGAAGACAGAGGUUGAGAUGAACAAGAGAGACUCAAUUAAAUGUCAUGAUGAAGAUGAUAAAGACAAACAGACCAAAAUGUGA